GCUGAAAGAUUUUUGGACCAAUUCACCACCUCAGCUUAAAGCGUUUUUAUUCUCAAAGUCUUGAAAGUUUGCUACAAAGUGAAUCCCGCUGAUUUUUCCUGGGAAAAGAAAGGAAAAACGGAUUGUAGAGAGUAGGUGGAUAUGAAUAAUUCAUCAGCAAUGGCAACAGUCCCUUCGGCUUCUGAAGAAGCUAGUGUUUCCUCAGCUGGCAAUCCAAUGAUAGCUGCUCAAGUUGGACCCGUCAAGAAAAAGCGUAACCUUCCUGGAAUGCCAGAUCCAGAUGCAGAAGUGAUAGCCUUAUCACCAAAGACUCUCUUAGCAACAAACCGAUUUGUAUGUGAGAUCUGCAACAAGGGUUUCCAAAGAGACCAGAAUUUGCAACUACACAGAAGAGGCCAUAACUUGCCAUGGAAACUCCGGCAGAGAAACGGGAAAGAAGUUAAAAAGCGCGUAUACGUCUGCCCUGAAGCAACCUGCAUUCAUCACGACCCCUCCAGAGCACUUGGGGACCUAACUGGCAUAAAAAAACACUUCUGCAGAAAACACGGCGAGAAGAAAUGGAAGUGUGAACGCUGCUCUAAGAAGUAUGCCGUCAUCUCUGAUUGGAAAGCGCACACGAAAACUUGCGGCACCAGAGAAUACCGCUGCGACUGCGGCACCCUAUUUUCCAGGUCAUGCCACUAG